UCAGUGUAAUGGGCGGGCAUUGAGUCCGAAGUGUUUCCGUUUGUGUGAAUACGGCAACUGAUGCCUCACUUAUUGCGCACUCAGUCUCUCGUUUCGCCAUUUCUGUCGACUCUCUAUUCAAACUGUUUGUCAAAUCGCUUUACAAUUGUGUUUUUGAUUGCAAUUAACGCUUAUUUGUAUCCAUUGUGUGCUAAUAGUGUGCUUAUAGUGUGCGACAAAGUCUUUAGUGACAAAUAUCGGAGUGAAUUGAAUUAAAAGUGAAAUAAAAGUGUAGUAAAAGUGUUGGCAAAGAGUGUAACGGUUUGAGAGCCAACACAACACAAGUGUUUUGAAAAGCAUUGCAAACAUAGCAUUGGUUUGAAUGCGAGAGCGAUGGCCUCAAUAGCAACGCAUCGAAAGCAGAAACGCAAAGACAAACAGACGGCUGAGCCGUCACUCCCUGUCCCUCAACCGCACAGUUCACCCAAAAAAGCCAAACUCGAAGACAAAUCUCAAGACUUAGCUCUCAAUGAGAAGGCUGUGGCCGUUAAUAACAGUAACGCCACUCUUGGAUGGCCUACCGAUGACUUGAAUACUUUGAUCAACAAUUUGGGCAAAUGUCUGCCGAAGAAUGAUUCGGCGAAGUUCUCGACACUCAUAGAGAAGCUGGACUGGGAGAAGGUCCGCUUCGGCACCUAUUCGGCACAGGAGUGCAAAGACAAGUGGUUUGAAGUGAUGAACAGAUUGCGUCGAUACCGAACACUGACAGACAUGGUGUCGGACGCUCGGGUGUGGUUGAAGGCCCCCUGGCAGACCUACAAUAACGCCAAGAAAGUCAAACACCCGGACCUCCCAAAGAAACCAUUGACUCCAUUCUUCCGCUACUUCAUGGAGAAGAGGGUGAAGUCAGGCAAAUCACAUCCCGGCUCGAGUGUCACCGAUUUGGCCAAACUGUUGUCCUCGAAGUUCGCGGCACUCAAUGACCGCAAGAAACAGAAAUACAAAGACGCUUACGAUAGAGAGUACAACGAAUACAAACUGAAACUCCAGAAGUUCAAAGUGGAUCACCCGGAGGUGGAGUUUGGCACAAUGAGUAAGACUCAGGCAUCUCAUGGUCACGCACAGGAGGGUCCGCCCAAACCUAAAACGCCGGUCCAGUUGUUUAUGGAGGAGAAGACCAAGAAAAUCGCGCCAAACAGUGAGGGACGCAAAGAGGCGAUGGAUCGCAUCAAACACUCGUGGAGUCAGUUGAGUGAAGGCAAGCGCAUCAAAUGGAUCCGGCGCUCACUCGCCGACGAACAGAGGUAUGAGUUGGCGAUCUUGGAGUACCUGAAAGAGCACCCGAGCUUUGAGCCAAACCGCGCCAAAUCUAUUCUCACCAAAAACGAGAAGGAAUUGAAAGACAAAUUCGAUGGCAAACCCGAACGGCCGCCCAAUUCGGGGUACAGUCUGUUCUCGAAGAUAAUGUUAAGGGAACUGAAAAACGUGGCCUCAAAGGAGAAAAUGGUUGUAAUCGCCAAACGAUGGAAAGAGCUCUCGGAGUCGGAAAGACAGGGCUAUAACAGAGAGGCGCAGAAAGCAAACACCAAAUAUGUGGAGAAGUUUAAUGCAUACUUGGAUUCGUUGCCGGAAUCAGAAAAGGCAAAGAUUUUGAGCGAAAAUAAACUGAAACUUCCGUCCGAGAAGAAACUCAAACAACAACAAAAUCUGCCCAAACUUCAGACACCCGAACAGGUCGAGGAUCCCAUCGCCAGAGAGACCGCGGCGGUCAUGAACUACCAGAUCGAUAGAGUGCCUGCCCUUCAGGCCAAAUAUCCCGAGAAGAACAGACAGGAUAUCAUUAAACUGACUCUUCAGGAGUGGAACACCAAACUGAACGACAAGAAGAAGAUGAAGUAUUACAAACAGGUUGAAAAUGUCGCUCAAUUCAUGCCAUCGACCAAAUCGGAAGCUUUCAAUCCAUCCAAAGCAUCGCAAGGCAAAGAAAAGCCGUCGCCAUCCGCUCAGGCGCUCCUCAAACGCGAACCCAAACGGCCCCCGAAGAGCGGAUACGCACUCUUCACUUCGGAACUGCUGUCCACUCUUAUAAACAUUGAACCCAAGAAGCGAAUGCAAGAAAUCGCCAGAAAGUGGAACCAAGAGAUCACGAAAUCCCAAAAAGACAAUUACGAUACGAGAGUUAAACAAAUGGCUGUCGACUAUCAGAAGGAAUUGACCAAAUUUACGGCGACUUUGAAUGCAUCGGAAUUACAAGAAUAUCAGUCCAUUCAGAGCGCAAAGGGCAAGAGGGGAAAGGGCAAGAAGUCCGGUCCGGCAGACCCAGUGGUGGACGACUCGAAUGUGAUCGAGACAAUCGAUGUCUCCACCUCUGGAAACCAAUCCAACAACUCUUCUGAUGAAUCGGACGACUCAGACAAUGAGGACGAAGAGGCUGAAGAAGAAGAGAACGAAGAGCAGGAGGAAGAGGAAAGUGAUGACAACGACAGCGAAGAAGAGAGUGAGGAGGAGGAGGAAGACGACGAGGAAGAGGCCAAUGAUAGCGAAGAGUCGAGCGAUUAGUUGGCGGACAUAUAGGACACUAUUAUCUUCUUUCACGAAAACUUUAUUUUUGAUCACAUAUUCAUUCCGUUGCUCUAAAAAGACAUAACUUUUAAAACAGUAUUUCUUUUAUAACACUUAACUAUCGCAUCGUUUCUUAUAUCAGAUUUUAUUGAAAUCUUUAAUAUAUUUUUCAUAAUUUUGCAGUCAAUGAGAGUAUGUUCGCUAAUAAUUGGCUGUCAAAUAUCAUUCAUUCGUUACAAAUGCU